AGUUGCCAGGCUGGCUUGUCUUUAACCGGAGACCAAGCGGCUGAGAGGCGGACGAUAACAGCAUCCGUUGCUGUUAUUCAGCCUUCACGCAUCUCAAUGAACCGCACACAUCGACACCACUGAUCGUGCCUACUGCUUCUCGCAGGGAGGCACCAACACUUUUUUUUUUAAAUACUCAUCCCCCCUCCACCAGACACACCUUUUCUUAAACAUUUCUCGGUGUGUGUAGCCCACUUUUUUAAGCUUCCAACCAUGGUGCUCGGGAAGGUAAAGAGCUUCACGGUGAGCUACGACUGUCUCAAUGACAGCAACGUGGCAGUGUUCUCCAGCGGGGACUGCGUCUCAGGGAGGGUGAUCGUCGAGGUGACCGGCGAGAUCCGCGUCAAGUCCCUCAAGAUCCACGCCAAAGGUUUCGCCAAAGUUCGCUGGACCGAGUCGCGGAACGCCGGCUCCAACACCGCCUACACGCAGAACUACACGGAGGAAGUGGAAUAUCUCAACCAUAAAGACGUUCUAAUUGGACAUGAGAGAGACGAUGACAAUUCUGAGGAAGGACUCACCACUAUCCAUUCAGGAAGACACGAGUAUGCAUUCAGCCUGGAGCUUCCACAGACACCUUUGGCUACCUCUUUCGAAGGGAAGCAUGGCAGCGUGCGCUAUUGGGUGAAGGCAGAGCUCCACAGGCCGUGGUUGCUGCCCAUCAAGACCAAGAAGGAAUUCACCGUUUUUGAGCACAUCGACAUCAACACUCCGUUACUGCUGUCACCACAGGCCGGCACAAAGGACAAGACACUUUGCUGUUGGUUCUGCACCUCAGGUCCAAUUUCCCUAAGUGCCAAAAUUGAGCGGAAGGGCUACACCCCAGGAGAGUCGAUCCAGAUCUUUGCCGAGAUCGAGAACUGCUCGUCCCGCAUGGUGGUGCCCAAGGCGGCCAUCUACCAGACGCAGACUUUCUAUGCCAAAGGGAAGAUGAAGGAGGUCAAGCAGCUGGUGGCCAACCUGAGGGGCGAGUCCUUGUCCUCGGGCAAGACGGAAACCUGGAGCGGCAAAAUGCUCAAGAUCCCGCCCGUGUCUCCCUCCAUCCUGGACUGCAGCAUCAUCAGAGUGGAAUACUCGCUCAUGGUGUACGUGGACAUACCAGGGGCAAUAAAUCUUUCCCUGAACCUGCCGCUAGUCAUCGGAACCAUCCCCUUGCAUCCCUUUGGCUCACGCACAUCCAGCGUGAGCAGCCAGUGCAGCAUGAGCUGGCUGGGGAUGGGUCUGCCCGAGAGGCCUGAAGCCCCUCCAAGUUAUGCACAAAUUGUGACGGAAGAGCAGCGGCAGAGCAGUCUGGAUGUGCCAGCGGCUCGCGAGGGUAUGGAUGGACCGCUGUUUGCCUACAUCCACGAGUUCCGUUUCCAGCCACCCCCUCUCUACUCGGAGGUGGAUCCGAACCCCGACCAUGCCGACCGUCCAGAAGUGCGCAGGCCCGACGCCUGCCCAUCACGCUGAGAUGUCGUCCGAAAAUUCCCUUGGCUGACUCGGGAACCCAAAGAAAGCCGCACGCUACGAGGCUCCACGUUGUUCAUUCUUCUCCUCAAAUGGCGUCUUUUUGACGACAAGAGAGAAAUCCGAAGGAAUCCAACCCACCGACAAAGACUUGAGCUGGGAUUGGACAAGUGUGUUCCGUCAGUGACACAAAAAGGAGGGUCACUGUUUUGAUGUCUCACUCGCUUGCUGAGGGUGGGCUGUGUACAGAUUCCCCCCCCCCCCAACCCUCCUAAAUCUGUAUGGCGAGCCCUCAGUAGCGAGGAAGAGUCUGAAGGUGUGGCACAUAAGGACAACGAGGCUUCACCGGUCCCGUCCAGACUGCAUGAGAAAAAGAAAACCAACGCAGACCCCCCCCCCAAGCUCGCCCUCGACGAGAGGCUUCCGCCGCCAGAGCAAAAAGUCCUCGAGUCCCGCCUCAUUUGGGGAUUUUUGUUUUUGCACAUCUUUUGUUUCGCGACUUGACUCGAGUGGCUGUGGGCUAACCGCUCGCUCGCUCGCUCGCUCGCUUUUCCAGACUGCGGGAGAAGCAGGGCUGAAAAAGACAAGAACAACGCACUGAUUUUUGUUUUCCUUUCAACUUCUUGAAGAUUGUUUUCUUUGACAAUUCCGGAGUGACUUAUGACAACUGAACGCUUUUUUUUUUUUUUUUUUAAAUGAAACACCCACAAAAAAAACCAACCGCAGCACACUUUUGUCUACCGAGAAGCUAUUUUGAAGACGUUGCCUCUUCUGCUUGGAUCCAGUGUGGCUUUCCUCCUUUCGUUCCGAUCAUAGAAUUAUUAGUGUGUGUGCGUGCGUGUUUGCGGAGGGAGUUUGGAGCGGGGGAUUUGCAGGCCUCGUUUUUUGCUACUAAACUAAAGGGAGACUUUUCUCCUUCAUGUAUGCCUGCUGCCCCUGUUUCUCUUUCUCUUACUGCCCAAAAGGCACUGUUUCAUGUGUCAAAACAGUGUGAACAUAGCAGAAGAAAAAAAAAAACAAAAGUUGGUUUAAUUGCACUGUUGAGAAUAUUGAAGAGUUCUGUUUGUUUCGUGCUACCAAAACUAUUUAGACAAACGACGUGCAGAUGAGCUCGGCAGCUUUUGUAGACGCAUUCCCUUUUGUCCUUGCUGCGCUUGCUCAUUUGAUCAGACCAGUGAAACCAGAAUGCUUUAUUCAAAAAAAAAGAAAGAAGACAAGCACUGACGCCGCUUCUAGUUCGAAGAAGCAAACCUAAUUGCGCAGUCUGGUCAGAACAAGUAGUCGUAGGUUGACAUGAGUACUACAUUGGUUUUCUCACUCAUUCAACACCAUAGGCCAGCUGCGGUAAUCGUGGGUUUGUCAGGAAAUAGGAUGCGCAGCACUUUUUUUUUUUUUAAUUUAAACGAUAAUUACAAAAAAAAAAAGCAUUACGUGGUGAAGGUCUGGAUAAAAAAAAAAAGGUACGAAUCACGUUUCAGCUAAAGCAGUGUUGUGUAGGAUGUGGAUGCAUUAUUUAAUCUUGAAAGAUUAGUUUACAUGAUGUGGUGUGUGUGUGUGUGUGGGUAUCCAGCCGACAACGAGAACGCUUCUGACGACAAGUGACAAACUGCAGAUCAUUCAAGUGAUCUUAUCUUUGUGGCCUUGACACAGAAAAGACUUUUUGUUUUUUUCCCCCCUUUUCUUAAGAUUAGUUUUUUUGGGGUUUUUUUUGCUUCCCGUUGAUGCUAGUUCCCUUUUCAUUUCUUUGCAUGUUUUCAAUUCCAUUCAAAAGGACAAAAAGGGAAACGCAUGUCCUUUUUAGAAGCAAGACGGCGCCAGAGAUGGUCUAAUAAUUCUUUUUUUUCCCACUUAACCGAGGGCAUUGGUGUAGUUUAACAAACGGACAACCCACGCGGUCUCCCAGGCUGUUGAUCAGCCCCCCCCCCCUCUUCUGAGGAUGAUGUAAAUUGCCUUCUCUUUUUUUUCCCUUCUGUUGUAUUUGUUUGACGCUCUUAUGUUUCACAAUGAUGAAUAAGCUGACAUAUUUGCUCCACGCCGGUCAAUUCCGCACGAAUCUGCUGGUGUGAGUAAGUCCAAAAGUAAGAUUAAGCUGAUUAAAUAAAAAAAGAAGAAAAAAAUGCAGGAAUUGAAAUGUUCGAGGACAACCGCAUCGGGGAGAUGACGUCUGAAACAUUUUAGAAACAAAGUGCAAUAUCACUCGUUGAAUUUUCUUCAUUCUCCAUUUUUUUUUUGUGUUUUCCUCUGUUAAUCGUGACGAUGUAUGGAUAUUCUAUGAAUAUGCGAUGUUCUGAAUGAUUUCAUCUUUUGUCUAGUUCUUCCUUUUUUUGAUUUGAAUAAACAUUUUGUUCUAAAAAGACA